AACCAGUUGCACAAAAUCCACAGAAGAUCCCGUUCCCGUGCUCUGUUGCCAAUUCUCCCCCACCACCAUGCUCCUCGCCGCGCGCGGCCGCCGUCACCCCUUCGCCGCCGCGCGCCUCCUUCCGAUCCCGCUUUCCUCCGGCCCCUCCUUCGCCUCCUCCACCACCACCACGACCUCCAAUGGCGCCUGUUCGUCCUCCGCCGCGGACCCCGACGCCGUGGCCGCCGAGGUGGCCACCCUCCUCUCCCGCUGCUCCGGCGACUGGAGGCUCGCCGUCUCCUCCUCCGACCUCCCCUCCCGCCUCUCCCCCGCCGCCAUCUCCUCCCUCGUCCGACGACGCCCGUCCCCCUCCUCCCCGCGCCUCCACCCUAAGCUCCUCCUCGACUUCUUCUACUGGUCCAGCCCCCAGCUCGCGCCGUCGGCCCCCGCCCCCGAUGCCUUCGCCCACCUGGCCAUGUCCCUGUGCGCCGGCUCACUCUUCAACCUGGCCAACGGCCUCCUCAUCAAGAUGAUCCGCGCCUACCCGUCACCUCCCGUCGUCCUCGCCUCCAUCCAUCGCGCGCUAUCGGAUUCUGGCCACCGUUCGCCGGCGGUGCUCGACGUCCUCGUGGAUACCUACAAGAAGUCUGGGAGGGUGCAGGACGCCGCGGAGGUCGUCCUGAUGAUGAGAGAUCGGGGCAUGGCUCCCAGCAUUCGGUGCUGCAACGCGCUGUUGAAGGAUCUGCUGCGCGCGGACGCCAUGGCUCUGCUUUGGAAGGUGCGAGAGUUCAUGGUUGGCGCUGGGAUUUCCCCGGAUGUGUAUACGUACUCGACUCUGAUCGAAGCCUACUGCAAGGUCCGGGAAUUUGAUACUGCCAAGAAGGUGCUUGUGGAAAUGCGUGAGAGGGGGUGCGGCCUGAACACCGUAACCUACAAUGUGCUGAUUGCUGGGUUAUGCAGGUCUGGGGCUGUCGAAGAGGCGUUUGGGUUCAAGAAGGACAUGGAGGAUUAUGGACUAGUUCCUGACGGGUUUACCUAUGGCGCACUCAUUAAUGGACUGUGCAAGAGCCGUAGGUCAAAUGAGGCGAAGGCAUUGUUGGACGAGAUGUCUUGUGCUGAGCUAAAGCCUAAUGUCGUAGUUUAUGCCAAUCUGAUUGAUGGGUUUAUGAGGGAGGGCAAUGCAGAUGAGGCGUUUAAGAUGAUAAAGGAGAUGGUUGCUGCUGGUGUGCAGCCAAACAAAAUUACCUAUGACAAUCUUGUUCGGGGACUAUGUAAGAUGGGGCAGAUGGACAGGGCUUCUCUACUUUUGAAGCAAAUGGUCAGAGAUAGCCAUAGGCCUGAUACCAUCACGUACAAUCUCAUUAUUGAAGGACAUUUCCGUCAUCAUAGCAAAAAGGAUGCUUUUCGGCUUCUUAGUGAAAUGGAGAAUGCUGGUAUUUCCCCUAAUGUAUAUACUUAUAGCAUAAUGAUUCAUGGGCUAUGCCAAAGUGGUGAACCAGAAAAGGCAAGUGAUCUCCUUGAGGAAAUGACUACAAAAGGAUUGAAGCCUAAUGCAUUUGUUUAUGCGCCUCUUAUCUCAGGGUACUGUAGAGAAGGUAAUGUUUCAUUGGCAUGUGAAAUUUUUGAUAAGAUGACAAAGGUGAAUGUACUCCCUGAUUUGUACUGCUACAAUUCUCUUAUAUUUGGACUAUCUAAGGUGGGAAGGGUGGAGGAAUCUACAAAGUACUUUGCUCAGAUGCAGGAGAGAGGAUUGCUGCCAAAUGAAUUCACAUACAGUGGCCUCAUUCAUGGGUAUCUAAAGAAUGGUGAUCUAGAAAGUGCUGAACAGUUAGUGCAGCGGAUGCUUGACACUGGACUAAAACCAAAUGAUGUUAUCUACAUUGAUCUCCUAGAAAGCUACUUUAAGUCAGAUGAUAUUGAAAAGGUGUCCUCUACUUUCAAGUCCAUGUUAGACCAGGGAGUUAUGCUUGACAACCGUAUCUAUGGAAUCUUGAUUCAUAAUCUGUCCAGUUCUGGAAAUAUGGAAGCAGCAUUUAGGGUUCUUUCAGGGAUUGAGAAGAAUGGAUCUGUUCCGGAUGUGCAUGUGUACAGCUCGUUGAUAUCAGGUCUUUGCAAGACAGCUGACAGGGAAAAAGCUUUUGGUAUUCUUGAUGAAAUGUCUAAGAAGGGAGUAGAUCCUAAUAUUGUAUGCUAUAAUGCCCUAAUUGAUGGGCUGUGCAAGUCUGGUGAUAUUUCUUAUGCCCGCAAUGUCUUCAAUAGCAUAUUAGCUAAGGGAUUAGUGCCAAACUGUGUGACAUACACAAGUUUGAUUGAUGGAAGCUGCAAAGUUGGUGACAUCAGCAAUGCAUUCUAUCUUUAUAAUGAAAUGCUAGCAACAGGUAUAACACCAGAUGCUUUUGUCUAUAGUGUACUUACCACUGGCUGCUCUAGUGCUGGUGACCUUGAGCAGGCAAUGUUUCUGAUUGAGGAAAUGUUUCUUAGGGGACAUGCAAGUAUUUCUUCUUUCAAUAAUUUAGUUGAUGGUUUCUGCAAACGUGGAAAGAUGCAGGAAACUUUGAAGUUGUUGCAUGUGAUAAUGGGCAGGGGCCUAGUACCUAAUGCCCUGACUAUUGAAAACAUCAUCAGUGGACUUAGUGAGGCUGGAAAACUCAGUGAAGUGCACACAAUUUUUGUUGAGUUGCAGCAGAAAACUUCAGAAAGCGCUGCCCGCCACUUUUCCUCAUUGUUUAUGGACAUGAUAAAUCAAGGAAAAAUUCCUCUUGAUGUGGUUGAUGACAUGAUUCGAGAUCAUUGUAAAGAAGGAAAUCUGGACAAGGCUUUAAUGCUGCGAGAUGUUAUUGUUGCGAAAAGUGCACCAAUGGGCUGCUCGUCCUAUCUUGCUAUAGUGGACAAUCUAUGCCGGAAGGGAAAAUUAAGUGAAGCGUUGAAUUUGCUGAAAGAAAUGGACAAGAGAGGUAUUUGUCCCAGUGAGAAUCAAUGCUUGAUACUAUUAACUAAUCUUCAUACAUCUGGAUAUAUCCAAGAACACAAUACGGUACUUGAUAAUAUGUUGUGUCACAAGUGGUUACAGAAGGACAGCAAAUUCUGUAAUUCAGCUGGUGAUAAUCUGGAAUCUGUCAAUGCAGAAUAAACAUAGAGCAGAAUCCUUCCUAUAAAAGAAAGUCUGAUUCUAUUAUUCAUGUUGCGAAUGCAUGUCGUAGCCUUGUUUUUGUUUAUUGAUGAGGAAUUAAACAGAUUAAUUUUUUCAAGAAAAUGCUCUUGUCCUGUUAGUUAAUUGUUACACAGGGAACCUUCAGCCAACUUUGGUUGCUCUGCUUGGCAUCUUCUGGUUCAGGAGGCAUCAUCAUAUAUUGAACAAGGUUGUUUUCACUGUCUUCGCACCAUCUCUCAUGUUUGCUAGCCUGGCGAAGACGGUCACGUUUUCUGACAGGUGGUUUAUGCCAAUUAACAUAGGGAUCACAUUCAUGGCUGGUGGCACUCUAGGCUGGAUAGCAUGUAAAAUCUUGAAACCACCACAACAUUUCAGAGGAAUGAUCAUUGCCUUCUGCUCAGCUGGAAAUCUUGGCAACUUGCUCCUGAUUGUUGUCCCAGCAGUCCGUGACGAAGAUGGCAACCCGUUUCGGAAAAGACAGCAGCCGCUGCCACUCUCUUGGGCUCUCCUAUUCAUCAUUGUCCAUGGCUCUUGGUGGCUUGUACAUAUGGACGCAUACGUACAGUCUUAUGAAGAAGAAGAGAGGUCAAAUGUAUCACCAGCCUAACAGCAUUCAGGGCCUGGACGACAGCAAUGAAGAACAUCAUGCUAAGAAAUUCAAAGCAAAUGGUGAAGCUGCUUGCGCCGAUGAGGAGGCAACUCUUCUGGUGUCAGCUAAACUGGCUGAACACAACGAGGAGAACCAAAUGGUAGGCUGAACAAAACUUAGUACUAUUAACUUGUCUGAAAUUCAGGAAGCUCCAUUGCUGUCUGGAGAGAGUGAGAUUGCUAAGAAAGGCUCGUGGACAACAACAAACUUGAAGGACACCAUCCACCAUGUUGUCGAGGAGCUGAUGGCACCACCAACUCUAUCUGCGAUACUUGGAUUUGUUUUUGGGCUAGUUCCAUGGUUGAAAUCUCUUGUCAUCGGUGAUGGCGCCCCUCUCAGAGUCAUCCAGGACUCCAUCCAACUGAUGGGAAAUGGCACGAUUCCUUGCGUCUCCCUCAUCCUUGGUGGCAAUCUGAUAAAAGGGCUAAGGAAGUUGGAGUUCAAGCAUACGGUGAUCAUUGCGAUCGUCUGCAUCCGCUACAUGAUCCUUCCUCUAGUGGGGAUUGCAGUAGUUCAUGGUGCAUACUGGGUCGGAUUCUUGCCACACGACCCGCUGUACCGCUACGUGCUGAUGAUGCAGUUCGCGCUGCCACCUGCAAUGACUAUUGGAACCAUGGCUCAACUGUUUGAUGUUGCCCAGGAGGAAUGCUCAGUGAUAUUUCUGUGGACUUACCUGGUUUCUUCCAUUUCUCUCACCACCUGGUCCAUGAUAUUCAUGUCCAUCCCGUCUUUAGGUCAAAGUGCAAUGAUUUCAGCAUUUCAGCUAACUCAAAGGGAGGAGGUUGAAGACAAUAAUACGCCUCUAGAAAAGAGUCGAUCCAACUGAGGCUUGUUCGUGUCACCGUUUGCACCACCUGUAUAAAAGAAGUUGAGCAGUUUAGGCACACGGUUUUUUUUCUAUCCCAAUCUAUUGGUUCAUUUAAUUGGAAUGGUUUUCAUCUUUUAAGGGAUAUUCAAAUUCACUGUUUUUACAUGUCAUCUAAUAGUCAUGAAAAAUUUAAAUUUUUUA